GAGAGGAAGAAAGUAGUGGGUGAAGGCUGGAGAUAAGACGGAAAAUGAUUUGGUGGUAAAGUUAUAUGGAAUUAAGCCUCGAGUACUCUUAAUAUAAACUAUCGUGUGCUGUUGACGUUACAUUUGGGCUUCAGGUCAACCACUCUUCUGUUCGGCCUGACAGUACAUUAGAGGUGUUCGACUGCGUUUCCCACAUGUCUGCCGAAGCCUCCAGUGGAAGAGUGGUGUCAGAGCCCAGCCCUGUGCCUCCAUCCCCCAACCCCAGUCCCAGCCCCAGCCACGGUCCUGAGCAGAAGAUUGGAGGAGGUCUGGCUGGUAGCAAGUAUGUCAAGUUGAAUGUGGGUGGUUCCCUCCAUUACACCACAGUCCAGACCCUCAGCAAGGAGGACAACCUGCUCAGGAGUAUGUGUGAUGGAAGCACAGAAGUCACCAUAGACUCAGAAGGCUGGGUGGUGCUGGACAGAUGUGGGCGCCAUUUUCCUCUGGUGCUGAACUUCCUGCGGGAUGGAACGGUGCCGCUGCCCGAGACCCAGAGGGAGCUGGAGGAAGUACUGAAUGAAGCGCAGUACUACAGACUGCAGGGUCUGAUCCAACACUGCCUCUCCACCCUACAGAAACGUAGUGAGGUGUACGAGGGAGGCUGCCAUAUUCCUAUGAUUACUUCUGCCAAGGAGGAACAGAGGAUGAUUUCCACCUGUAGGAAGCCUGUGGUGAAAUUGCAGAACAACAGAGGGAACAAUAAGUAUUCCUAUACCAGUAACUCUGAUGACAACUUGCUGAAGAACAUUGAGCUGUUUGAUAAGCUUGGGCUACGUUUUAAUGGCAGAGUACUUUUCAUUAAAGAUGUGCUUGGAGACGAAAUCUGUUGCUGGUCCUUCUAUGGAGAUGGACGCAAAAUUGCAGAGGUUUGCUGUACCUCCAUUGUCUACGCCACCGAGAAAAAACAGACCAAAGUUGAGUUUCCAGAAGCUCGCAUCUUUGAAGAAACCCUAAACAUCUUGAUUUAUGAGAAUGGACGGAGCUCUGGUCACGGAGGCAUGGCUCUGUUGGAGUCUGGUAGUGUCUCAUCUCCAGGUGUGGGCCAAUCUGAGGAGGACGGUGGUGGUGUAGGGGGCGGAGACAGAAGGGUGAGGAGGAUCCAUGUGCGGAGACACAUUAUGCAUGAUGAGAGAGGACAUGGACAGCAGACUGUGUACAAAGACUGAAAGUGAGGGACCAAGGGAGAAAUGGUACAAAUGAGAAGAAACAGGAGACCAAAGGAAUAGCCUGUGGGUACUAUAACUGGAAAUAUGUGAAUGGAUCAUAUUGAGGGAUGAAGAUGAAUGGGUGGUGUAAAGAGUGGAGAUGGGAGUUCAUCUUUGGUACGCUAACACUGCACUGAGGGUGGGGUGGGAAUUAGUUUAGAAGUGAUCCCAAAAGAGCCACAGUGUGGUUUCACUUUAUUUGUCUUUUUUUGUUUAUUAUUAUUAUUUUUAUUUUUUUUCUCUUGGAGAGUGAAUGUACAUUCAUGUCAUUCUAUUCUGUCUUUGGACUUGUUUUUGUUUUAUAUUUAUUAUUCUAUUAAUUUAUUGUCCAGAAUAUUUUCACUUUUUUAAAGGUACACAUGUAAUAAGUUAUUGCUAUGUGUGUAUGUGGGUGUAGGGUGGAGUCAUAUUGGAUGGGAUCUUUUAAUGCCUGAUGGUGAACUGUGACGUUUUGUAUGCAGAUGUGUGUUGAGUGACAGCUAGAGAGAGGUACUUUGAAGUGACCUGUAUUUGACUAGUGUAUGAUGUGAUUUUUCACUAGGCUGGAUGUUAUCCUGGACUUCAUAAAAGUGCUGCAGUCAGAGAGAUCACAAUUAAGAUGAAAGACGAUUCAUUGUAGUACUUUUUCGUCCAUAUUGCAGUUAUUAUUGCAUCAAAUCGGUCUGUUUCUGAACAUGUUCUUAACGAGGUGAAUCUCAGUUUUGAACUGUUUACUGUGGCCCCUUCAGCCAGCUUUGUAAUGCACGUAUUUAAACAGGCUGGUCACUUUCACUUGGUUAGAAAUGCAGAAACUACAUGCAGGUGUUUUGCAACCAAAAAAAGCAACCUUACGAGCCAGUUACCAAGCAUGUACAAAAUUUAUGCAAAUAAUUAAACUGAUGUAUUUACGUAUGUAGUUUAGUGGCGUAUUAUAAUAAUUAUCCAGAGAGGCGUCCAGGCUAUUUUUUUGCACCAAAGUUGUAUGAAACUGACAAAAUGUUACUCUGAUGUGGCCAUAGUUGGUUUUGCAGUGAGUGGCUCAUAAAAUAAAGGACAAGAAAGACUUGAAUAUCGUUAUUUACAAAAUUGCGAACAUUUGUUAGGUAUCCACAACAAAAGGGGGCCAUUUUUUGUGCAACAACUGGGCUAACUGGGCUAACUUUCUAAGCAAACCUUUGUUCUGUUGUAUGUGAUGGUAAUCAUGAGGUUGAUGGGGAAAUCUGCCAUAGUACACAUAAAUUUACAGUGGCUUUGUGGCCACGCUUGCAUAUGAUAGGGCUAAUGUCAGUUUAUUUAAGAAUAUGACCUUGAUUCCUAAUGAAAACAUUGACAUAAUGACCAAAUGCUCACUUGGUAACCUGUCACUGCUGUAAAUAGCAUUAGUAAUAGAUGUAGCACUCGACCACUGUUAUCUGUUUAGAGUCUCAUUGUUUUUACUGACCAAGAAAACACCAAUGUAAUUGUCACAGUUUUUGUAAGAAAAAUCCCUAAAGCUAAAAAUUAAAUGUUAAAAGUGUUAUCGGAGAUUUUAUACCACUUUCCAGGUAUUUGGCACCUUGAUAUAUCUCUGGUAUUAUGCCGUCCAGAAAUGUUCAUUGUUGUUUUAUGCAAAGGUUCACUAAUAAAAUGCAUUUUUUUUACAAAUGA